UACGGAGGCCUCAACCACCUGGUGUCUCUCACCAUGAGCGGCGUCACCACCUGCCUGCGUUUCCCCGGCCAGCUCAACGGAAACCUCCACAAGCUGGCCGUCAACAUGGUGACCUUCCCAAGCCUGCACUUCUUCAUGCCCGGGUUCGCCCCCCUCACCAGCCACGGGAGCCAGCAGUACCGCGCCUGCUCCGUCCUCGAGCUCACGCAGCAGAUAUUCGACGUCAAGAACAUGAUGGCAGCCUGCGACCCCUGCCCCCACGGCCGCUACCUGACUGUGGCGGCCGUGUUCCGCGGGCGGAUGUCCAUGAAGGAGGUUGACGAGCAGAUGCUGAACGUGCAGAACAAGAACAGCAGCUACUUCGUGGAGUGGAUCCCCAACAACGUGAAGACGGCCGUGUGCGACAUCCCGCCGCGCUGCCUCAAGAUGUCCGCCACCUUCAUCGGAAACAACACGGCCCUCCAGGAGCUCUUCAAGCGCAUCUCAGAGCAGUUCACCGCCAUGUUCCGUCGCAAGGCCUUCCUGCACUGGUACACCGGCGAGGGGAUGGAUGAGAUGGAGUUCAUCGAGGCCGAGAGCAACAUGAACGACCUGGCGUCCGAGUACCAGCAGUACCAGGACGCCACCGCCGACGAGGGAGAGUUCGAGGAGGAGGGCGAGGAGGGUGUAGCCUGAGGCGUUGGAAGU